ACGGAGGGUAGUCUGCUGCGCUCCUUGAAGAUGGUAAACAAAGACGUUUAAAGCCUCUGAACAUGAUCAUUUUGAGGAUUUGUUAAAACAGAACAAUGGAGCAAGAUGUCAAUGUGAGGGAACAGAUCUUUCAUGACAACGUGAGGGAGUAUAUAAUCUCAGCAUUACUAUUUAUCUUUCUGUAUGUGUGCUCAUAUGCAACCUGUGUUGCCUUUCGCCGGAAAGGAGAAGAUGUAGACACAGAUGAUGAAGAUGCCACAGUCAACAGAAUCUCGCUGUGGUGCUGUACAUUCACUCUGGCGACGUCAGUGGCUGCAGUAUUACUUCUCCCCAUCUCUAUCAUCAGUAAUGAAAUCCUCCUCAUGUAUCCAAGGAGCUACUACGUCCAGUGGCUUAACUCAUCGCUCAUUCAUGGGUUGUGGAACUUUGUGUUCAUCUUUUCUAACUGUGCCAUAUUUGUCCUCAUGCCUUUUGCUUACUUCUUACUGGAGUCUGAAGGGUUUGCUGGGUCUAAAAAAGGUUUAAUGGCCAGAGUCUAUGAGACUGCAGUGGUACUGUGUUUGCUGGGAGUUAUGGCUUUUGGCUUGGUGUUUGUUAUCACAGCAGUUGUGGAUGAGGAUAAAUCAAGCAGACAGACACUAUGGGACCUGUGGGACUACUACCUUCCUUUCCUGUAUUCUUGUAUUUCACUGCUGGGUUGCUUGGCUUUGCUAAUUUGCACUCCAGUGGGGUUUGCCCGCCUGUUUACAGUGAUGGGCCAGCUUGUUGUUAAACCACAGUUCCUGAGAGAUAUAGCAGAGGAGCUGUACACCACACAACUUGAAGAGGAUGAUCUCAAGAGAAAGAUCAAGCAGCGUGUAACUACCACCAGCAAUGGCAGAACCAUUGCCAAUGGACACAAUGGAAGCUGCAAUGGAACAUCAGAGUUGAGAAAAAGAUUAGAAGAUGUUCAGGAGGAGAAGCAACAGUUGGAAAAGAGACAACAGAUAUCAUCCUUGAGGAGAAAUGUGGGCUAUCCAUUGAUGAUGCUUCUGUUGUUAGCCUUAACUGCCUUAUCAGUAUUAUGGGUGGCUCUGAACACAUUGCUGUUGGUGUUUGGGGAUAAAAAGUUACCUGUGGGAGGCAAGGAUAUAGUCCUUGGUUUGUCUUCACUGUCUGCCCUGGGACAAGUUGGUGCUCUGCUGGAGAUAGCUCUCAUUUUAUAUUUCAUGUUAGCCUCAGUGGUUGGAUUCUACAGCCUACGAUUCUUCCGCCGCCUGCAACCCAAGCCUUCUGACACCACACUUACCCAGAUCAUCGGCAACUGUGUAGUCAUACUGGUGCUCAGCUCAGCUCUUCCUGUGCUAUCCCGGAUACUGGGUAUAACAAACUUUGAUCUUCUCGGAGAGUUUGGGCGCCUGGAGUGGCUGGGAAGUUUCUACCUAAUCCUCACCUACAACCUGGUGUUUGUCUCCUGCACAGCUCUCUGUCUCUUCACCAAGUUCACUGCCACCAUACGCAAGGAAAUUGUCAACCGUUUGUGGACAGCACUGCGCCGUGUUAAGACAAGAUCCUGGUCUACCAGUCAGACAAGUGUGUCUACUCCUACAGUGGGAAAGGAAGAGUGAAGGCUUAGGCAUGGUGGGAACAGUACAUAAUUGGUAUGGGGACAAAGAAAAGACAUCAUAAAGGCGUAUGCUAACCUGGAAGGUUGAAAGGCUUUGGUGAAGCAUGGGCCUUUGACUUAAAGAAACCUCAUGUAUUGCUUUUAAGGCUGAGCUAUAUUAGCUUGCAUUUGAGUGUUCAAAUGAGACAGUAUUUUGCUUGGUUAUGCCAGUGCAAACUCUAAAUGCCAAUGAGCAACCUGAAUUGCAGCACCAGCUUUUAUACAUGUCAGGAGGGCCAAGGUACAUUGUCACUUUGUAUCAGCUAUCAGUGGACCAAGCUUCUUUGCCCUCUGUGGUCCAGUGCAGGAUAACCCUGUACAAGGUAACCGUCCGGGACCAGCAAGGACAUAAAAUACAGCCAACACAAUCAGCAUUAGAAUUGACUCACAUGCUGCUGUUGUGAAGCACGCUGAGAGAGGCAGAAUCAAGAGUUCAUGUUGGGUCUCUCUUGUAUCAGCUACCUUUGGAAGUCCACAGUUUUUAUGUAGAGUGGACUCUAGUCCUUAAUCACACACCUGGCCAGUUGCAUGAAAAAGUUGUCUUUGUGAUGGAAAAGAUGUGAUCAAAUGAAAAUUGACUGAACAAGUUAAAAAUUCUGGUCCAAGUUGUGUAAUAGUCAAUAGCAACAGCUAAUGUUGUGUAACAUACACGUUUUUAUUUGAUUUAUGUGAAUACCAGAGGCUUCACUUGUACAUAGUGUUUUUAUACCAAAUGAACAAAUUGAUACAAACCCUUUUAAUGUUGAUUUUAUUGUAAUAACUGAUGCUUUUCAUUCAAGUUUUCUAUCUCUGUACAGUUAGGUGGUAUAUGAACAAAGCUGAGUGGCAGGAAGAAUGUUAGAAUGGUGAAUGGUUAACUAGGGCCCAAAAGAAAUAUUUUACAUAAGGCUAGCACUUGAAAAAUAUGAUUGUUGAAUGCAUUUUAUUGCUUAUGUGUCAUUUAAAUACAAAAAAGCAAGGCAGUGUUUUUUAAUGAUAAAGAAAACCUGGAUUUUUUAUCAACUAAUCUUGUUGUUAUUAAAAUCAAGCUUAAAAUAAAGCAUUUGGUUUUUGAGGCAAAAUUUAAGCCAUUGCCAUGUAAAACAAUCCAACAAGUGGAAGAUGUAUGGAGAGGAAGCAGUCUGUAUAGUUGAUUGUAGUAGUAGAGGCACUAAUAUAUGACGGAAUUCAAAUGUUGAUGUGAUCGUGACUUGUAUUUCUCUUGUAAAAUAUCCUCAGGUUUUAUUGUUGAAUAUUUAAGGGACAGAUCCUAGCAAUGCAGAUCAAUGCAAAUAUAGUAUAUAUGCUUAUAGACAUGGAUGGAGAGUAUUCAUUAUAGCAGCAUUAGCUUUUAAUUGGCUGUAGGAACAUUUAUUGAGUUGGUAUAUAUCUUGCCAUAUAUCCUUGCUGUAAGAUUGGGUGCAGUGAUCAAUACAUGUACUGCAUGCUGUAAGAUCAGAAAAAAUUCUUUAAAUGUUUAUAUCCUUGCGGUAGCAUUAAGUGAAGCUCAAUUUAUAUCCUUGCUGUAGGAUUAGGUACAGUGCUAAAUUUAUAUAUCCUUGCAGUAGGAUUAGGUGCAGUGCUUAAUAUUUAUAUCCCUUUGGAAGUAUCAGGAGCAGUACUAAACUUCCUUGCAGUAGGAUAAGGCUUAGCACAGAAUGCAUAUAUCCUUGCCAUAAGUUUGGUUUAAGCAGUGAAUUUAUGUACAGAACAGCAUUCGAGAGAAAUCCUUCCCAUUAAAACACACCUAUUUACAACAGUCAUGUAAAUAAUUAAACACUAUAAAUUUAGUUAUCUUAGCAGUGAUACAAAACACAACCAACAGAAACAGCAUUAAAAUUAACACACUACCAACCACACACCACUGAAAGCUUACAUGAAUUGCUCACUAAGGCUGUGUUUACAUCAGGACUAUUCUUAACUGGAAAGGGUCUUAUUAGAUGUUUAACAACACAGAGCUGCUUGCUAGAAGCCACUGACCACUCAUAUCAGGCAUUACAAUACAUUUGAUUCAAUAACUUGACUGUGUGUUUGAAAUAUCCGUAAAACAAACCCUAUUAAAGGAGGGUAAGUUUUUUUAAGUUGGCUUUAGGUAAAAGAUUUUUUGGGGGGAUGGGGUGGGGUCUUAAACAGUCCUGUUAAAAAAAAAACAAAGACAAGUGAAGUAGUUCAAGACCAAAGAUAUAUUGCAUAACUUACAAAACAUCGAAAAAUUUACUUACAGACCCACUUUAUUAAUCUGCAAGGGAACAUUUUACUACUUUAACCAAAGAAGCUCUCCGAGGACUGAUUUUAAGUUUUAUACAUGGAUUAUCGGUGCAUUUACUUCUUAAUUAAGCAAUUUAAUCGCAGUGCUAGUCCUUGUUCAGUAAUGUUCAACAGCCAAGACAAUCAUAUUGUGCUAGCGCCAAAGCUGUUCAGUAGAAUCAAAAUUGUUAUAACUUAUGGGAGGCAGUGUAGGAAGGCAACAGUUAUACAACAUCUCAGUUGUUGAAAAUAUUUUGUGUAUUUUGGUACCAAGCAUAAUGACCAGACUGUCACUAAUGAAGAACAGCAUGCACUGUCGUAGUGGUUUACCUAGUAUGGUUCUCCUCACCAUUGGCAAUGGGUAGACUUUUUAAGUGCACAGAUUCUAUACAAAGUUUUAAAAAUAAAACUGUUUGUAUAGAAUCAAUGUCAAUUGGAUAUCAAAAUUUUCAUUAUAAAACAUGCCUGUAUAACUAGUGUUGAGUGUGCAGGAAAGUAUAACUAUAUUUAUGGUGUGUGGUGAUCCCAAGUUCUACCCCAGUCUGGUGCAGUUAUGGGUAACCCCCAUUUAAUGUGAAGUGUAUCAUUUUAGAUAUAACAAGAAUUAGAGUGGAUUUCUGGAAAUGAUAUAUGAGAUUAAGGACUACUUCAAUGUAAUUGUUGGCUCUGUUGCCUUUGUUAUGAAUGCUUCCUAUGCUCAAGUAUUCACUGGGAGCCAUUGUGUAAAAUGUUGUAUAAGAAAAGUGACUGCAGAGGAUGGGGGUUCUUGUAUUCGGAAUAUUUUGCAUUGAUCAUAAGGACACAGGGGAUGAUUGUUGCCCCGUUAAAUAAUAUUAGAAUUUUUAAGAAGCAUAUUUGUCCAGCUCAAGGCUUUAAAGUGUAGUAGAUGACACAACUCCUUGAAAGUUGUAGAAUGUUUCUUAUGGAAGUUGUUAUUCAUUUACUUAUUUUUUUAAUGCAUAACCUUAUUAUUUUAUAGUCAUGAAGUUUCUUUACAAUGAUAAAAGAACAAACUUUUUAAUUUUUUUUAUGUAACAUACUUAUAACCAACUGUGUUGAAUCAGUAACAUAUUAAUCAUAUUAUAACAUUACUGUACAUUAAAAGAUUGUAUUUAUUAUGUCUACAUGACUUAGCAGUAGCGAUUUCAAUUCUUUAUGAAAUAUUGUAAACAAAGUAUUUUUGUAAAAUUGCAUUGAGACAGACAUGGUUAGAUUUUGUAUAAAACAGCACAUAGGAAACAGUUUCUACCAAAAGAUUUUUAAUAAUAAUAAUAAGGUAUGGAAACAUCACACAUACAAACACACACAGUUAAAAAAAAAAAGCUAAAUGUUUGCAAUGCGCCUCUCUUGUAUGUUGCUAACCAUGUCUGUUAGAAGUUUUUAACCCAAUCAUUGUGUUGUUAAUCAUUGUGUAGCUAUCAUAAUACUGAGGCAGUAUAACAUGUCAUUGUACUGUUACUGUUGCUAUCAGCAUGAAGUAUUGCAUCGGUGCCAAGGUGGAUAUACAUUAUAUAAUAUACAUAUGAUACAUGAAUUAUUUGCUAAUUUGUAUGAAAGUGAAUAAAAUGUUGAAAAUAAUA